AUAGAAGAGAUGGAGGGGAUUUCCUUAUAUAUAUAUAUAUAUUCCUUUUUCUCCCCCUAAGCUGUGAGGCGCCUGUCCCUUUAAACAGUGGAUUUUGGAAGGAGCUUAAUAAAGCGAUCGCUGCUCUAGCUGAUGCCUUGUUCCAAUGCUCCUGGGGAUCUGCAGAGGCAACAGAGAGGAACCCUAUGAAAAAUUACUCACCCGUUUGUUUAGCUGGCCGGUCGAUUUUUGAAGAACUUCUGAGCAUUCAGAUGUUACCUAAUCUGCACUUCCUUGAGAAACUCCUGCCGGAAAGGUUGCAGCAUUACAAAAGCUUCCUCUUGCAAGCUGAGCUUCAGAAUGUAGUGGAAAAUUCAGGGCAAAGCUGUGAGGAGGUAUGUGGCAGUGAGAGAAAGGAUCAAGAAGGUGAUUCUUCUGAGCUCCAGGUGAAGAUUGCAGAACUAGAACAAAUGCUGGACACCUUGAAUGAAGACUUCUUCCAGCUCACGGUGCAGAUUUGGACAAUCCAGAAAGAGGAGGACCAGCUGAAUCAGGAGCUCAGAACACAACAGGAGUUGAUCUCCUUUGGUCCUUUCCAUCAUCUUCCUGGGGAGAAACUGCCACCUCUCCCGGAACACCUUGAGUCUUGGGCUGCCAAGAGGGACCAGAGACUCUUGCUAGAGAUUAAGAGAAGUGUCACUGCACAAAGGAUCGAGGCUGUUGAAUCAGAACUGGCUCGUCAUCUGAAGAUCCAGAGUGGCCACCGGCUCUGACAGCUGAGAAGAGACCACCAUGAACUGCAUAUCAACUAGAAGCGUUCAGUGGACUGUUCAUUUGCUGUGGAGAGGGUGUCAAUCCUCUGGUUCAAAUGCUUCGCUGACUCUGUUGGGGCUUUAAGUGUGCAGCAGCAGUCAAGAAAGAUUGAAGGCAAAACUUGUGACCCCCCCCCAGAAAUGGGGGAGACCCACAGUAUCGAUGAGGGGGAACAGCAUUUUUUUGGGGGGGAGAAAACAUUUCAGGGGGAAGUAGGGAGGGCUGCUUUACCACUCACAUACAUUUAUUUUCCAAAUUUUUAAAAGAUGCCCACGGGAGAUCAGCAAGCUUGGCCCGCAUCCCAGAACCAUAAUUAGCCAUUUUGGCACUUGAGACAAGCAGCGCAUAAUGUGCCCCCGAACUAACUUUGUAAUUCAUGAUGUGAAAAUGAUACAAGGAGUAAUUACAGCCUAGAACACCUUGCCAGCAUUUCCCUUCUUCCCCAGGGGGGACGGCGUCACUGUCAGAGCUCCA